CUGCUGAAAAUUGGCGUGAUUUAAAGAUAGCGAGUCUUGGCAUUAGUUGUGUGUAUGCUAAUCCGACAGCCUAGCUAGCAAGUUAAGAUUAACUAAUAACUUCAGUUUACUACACUGGCGAUCAAACUAGCUAGUUAAUGUAGUAGUAGUAUAGCUAGAUAAUAGUUUAUAAUGUUGUAAUACCGUUUGAAGAAACUGCCUGAUCAAUGUUGACGUUAGUAGUGAGUGAUGGGUGAUGGCUGGGGAACCUGCUGAGAGAACUGAUCUUGGAGGAGGUGAAGAAAAGGAAGAGCAUCUGAUGAUGGGAGACGAAACAGACGCCAAACCUGACCGCAGAGGGAGAUUUCUGCUGUUUGGAAGUAAGAAGAAUAAGGAUGGCCAGACGCGGGAGCAGGACUACUCUUCUGAAAGCCAUUACAGAAUUGUUUCACCAACAUUCCAGUAUAAGAUGAGCCACCAGCGAGUGGGCAAGUGCAUCAUCAUCAACAACAAAAACUUUGAUGAAAAGACAGGGAUGAAUGUACGCAACGGCACGGACCGAGACGCAGGCGAGCUGUUCAAGUGCUUCAAGAGCCUGGGCUUCGAUGUCUGCAUCUACAAUGAUCAGACGUGUGAGAAGAUGGAGCGUCUUCUCAGAGAAGCCUCGGAGGAAGACCAUAGUGACAGCUCGUGUUUCGCCUGUAUCCUGCUAAGCCACGGUGAGGAGGGCAUGAUCUACGGCACAGACGGAGCCAUGCCCAUCAAGACCAUGACCUCGCUGUUCAGGGGGGACAGGUGUAAAAGCUUAGUGGGAAAGCCAAAACUCUUCUUCAUCCAGGCUUGUCGGGGUUCCGAAUUUGAUGAUGGUAUACAGACAGAUUCAGGCCCGCCAAACGACACCCUGGAGACGGAUGCUAAUCCAAGACAUAAGAUCCCUGUAGAGGCAGAUUUCCUCUUUGCCUACUCCACUGUGCCAGGGUAUUACUCAUGGAGGAACCCUGGACGCGGCUCCUGGUUCGUCCAGGCACUCUGCAACGUCCUCAACGAGUUCGGCAAGCAGCUGGAGAUAAUGCAGAUCCUGACACGGGUCAACUACAUGGUGGCCACCAGCUUUGAGUCCUGGUCUGAAGACCCACGCUUCAGCGAGAAGAAGCAGAUUCCCUGUGUGGUCUCUAUGCUGACAAAAGAACUGUAUUUCAACUGACCGCCAACCCAACUGACUGUUACACGUGACAUUGAAGACUGACUGACUGACUGAUCGACUGACUGACUGUUUCAGGUACCAGCUAAGCGGUCAAAGCAUUCAGGGAUGAUUCAGGCCCAGCAGGACACUGCACAUUUGAAGCACGUAUUAACAUUUUUGCAUGUGUAACUGGGCCUGAAAACCAGCACUCCAUGAGAGAGAAAAAAUAAUUUUACAGUGGCACUCCGCGUUCAUGUGUUGAUGGUGAAAUUUCUUCCUCUUCUUCAGGUUAUUCUUCAGAAAAAUGGCGUCACAUUUGAUCUGAUCUUUGUCGACAGGCAUUGUGAAAUAUCCAUGUUAAUUCUACCAGCCCGAAAAAUUCGCUGCCAGUUUUUGUGGGUUUGGGGAAUCAUAUCUGAAUAUGUGUCUCUCCAUUUUCCAGCAUUCGCAAUAGACCAAGGGCAAGGAAGGACCAGCAAAAAGUUGGCACCAGCAUUUACUGGGUGGAAUCAGCUCCUGAGUGAAUAAGUCUGUAGAAGUUUCCACUAGGAAUUUGAAUAGAGUGAUUACAAACCCUUUGAUUGCAACAGGAGAGAUGAGGGACCUGUCUUGAUUAUAAACCUGGUCUACUGAGCUGUUCAAGGCAAAAAACCAAGACUAGCAUCUGGAAAAUGGAUCAGAUCAUUUUCAGUUAUCUGUGUUUUAAUGUUUUCAGCUGUCAGUUGUCCAAAAAAAAGAGACAAAAGAAAAAAACAACACUCCUCUGAGCAGAAACAUGUCACGAUGCUCUUGCCAAAGGCUCAGUGUCUCAGCCUUCCUAGCAAGUUUUAAAGUUGAUAGCAGCAUGCUGGCAUCCUCAGGUUCUUUAAUGUCCCAUGAAGUGGGUAAAUGUAAUGUUAAAGAAUUUAAUAUACGUAUGGCUAGGAAGGUGUGAUCUUUUGCUGUGUAGUGAUUAGUUCUAUGAGAUUUUUUUGGGUCAAGUGCAUAGUAUAUAGUCCACCCACCCCCCCCAUGAAAGCAAGAAUCAUUUGCAAUUUUGCCAGUUUUCUCAGCGUGAUGUUGAAGACUUCACUCGCUUGUUGUUCAAGCCAAAGAAGGUGAAGCUCAUGUAUUUGCAUAUGAUCUAAUUAAUGCACUUGUCUUAUUUAUUAGUCAGGGUCUAACAAAUCAGUUUUAUGAAUUUCCCCCUUUUUUUUUUAUUAGACAUUCCUCUUAAAUAUCUUUACUGAAUAGUAAGAUACACACUACAAUUUAAGAAUGUCUAAAACUGUGUUAUAAAUUUGGGAAAUAUCAUAGUGUAAAGCUGGACUGGGGCCCAAAGCACAAAUGCCACAUCAUUUCACUGUAUAUUAGUGUUGUACACUGUCAUACUCUGCUACACUGUAGUAACAGGUACCAAGCAAUGUCUUACUGUUUUUAUUUUGAAAAUAGAGCUUUACAGUGAUUUAAAAAACCAAAAUCGAUAGAGAGAAAAAAGCCUCUAUAUAUAAUUUUUGAGGACUUGAUUAGUAUCAUUGAAUAAAAUGCUAAAAUAUGAAAAUAAGAUAAGACAUUUGCUGCUGGUCCCUACAGUUUACACAAAGUUUGUUUAUGAAGAUACACUCUUAUUGUCCCAAAGUCUGUCAUUCACAGAGGCAGCUAUUACUGGUGGUGACAAGUCUGAACAUACACAAUCCACAUGUCCGCAAUACACACUCUCACUGUCGCUGCAAUGUUUUUACAUUAUUCACAUGACUGCAUGUGUCAGUAAUUCUUAGGGGGAAAGUUCAGCAGUAGCUUUCAGUUAUUAUUAUGCCACUUUUUCCUCUUCUUGCUUUGUAUUUUUUUAUCAGUCAUUUUUAAUUAUUUUAAUAACACUUAAAAUAAUAUUUAUAGGAACCAGGAGUGUGAUCGAUACUGGCAUUCCCCAUCCUUGUCCAAUACAGCCACAAAUCUUUGAGUCCUCUCGACACAUGGAUCUCUGAUCAGUGAUGUGGUGCCCAACCUGUGCUGAAAGGAAUGUUUGCUCCACUUGUUUUGGAAUGGAAUUGAAAGAGGGAAAAAUUUAUCUUUAGGGGUAAAAUUUUUAAAUGCUUUCUGGUGUUAAAUGCUGUUGUCCUCAGGAAUAUAUUUGAAAAUAUUUGGAAAAAUGAAUGAAUGAAUUACAUUGAAAUUAUAAUCUGGCCCAAUAUUUUUUUUUCUUUUUUUUAAAUUUGGGGCAAUACCUUGUCAAAAAAAAAACAACAACAAAAAAACCAAAAAAAAAAAACCUUCAAAACAGAGGAAUGCUUAUGUAAACAUUUAUUGUAUUAAACAUAAAGAAUUUAUUGUGUAAUAA